UUGCUAGUAGGCGUUCCUUGUAGUAGCCGUUCCUUGUAAUGGGCGUGGUUUGUAGUCUCGCAGGACGCAGACAGACCCUUCUCGUCACCUCACGUAUUUUUGUGACGCUCUUCUACAGCCACCUGGUGGAGACCUAAAUUUACAAAUCGCCUUUCCUGCAGAUUUGGACCUUGCAGGGAGCCGUAGUAAAAGCGUCCUUGGCGCUGGAAGAGAUGUUAGCAACCAGCAGCCAUUUGAGUGUUUGAGUCUGUACAGCUGAGAAAGCGUGUCUGUAAUUGUAAUGUUGUGUGUUUUGUUGUUGUUGUUGUGAAGAUGACCUCAAAUAACCCCUCCGUUUUUCUUCUCAUGGUCAAUGGGCAAAUUGAAACAGCUAAUUUCCCGGAAUAUGAUGACUUAUACUGCAAGUAUUGUUUUGUAUAUGGACAUGACUGGGCUCCAACAGCAGGACUUGAAGAGGGAAUAUCUCAAAUAACAUCGAAAGGAAGGGAUUCCUCUCAGAGCCUGGUGUGGAACUUCCCCCUGGACAUCACUUUCAAAAGCACCAACCCUUUCGGCUGGCCUCAGGUUGUGGUGAGUGUGUAUGGGCCAGACACAUUCGGAAAUGACGUGGUCCGAGGUUACGGAGCUGUGCAUGUCCCCUUUACCCCUGGAAAGCACACAAGGACGAUCCCGAUGUUUGUUCCUGAAUCCACAUCGAGGCUGCAGAGAUUCACAAGCUGGUUGAUGGGCAGGCGUCCUGAGUUCACGGAUCCUAAAGUUGUCGCACAGGGAGAGGGAAGAGAAGUAACCAGGGUUCGCUCUCAAGGCUUCGUAACCAUCCAGUUUAACGUUGUUACCAAGGACAUGAAGAAGCUGGGAUAUGACAUCACGCCCACAGAGCAAACGUCAGCCACUCGCCUGACAGGAACCUGAUGAUGCCACAACCGUUACACUCUCGUUAAACCGUGUUUCAUAAAUGUACAGAUCUAAUGUUUUAAUAUUCAACAGCUUUUAUUGCAUAAUUAGCAUCACGUUUAUUGAACCUACAAAACCAAGAAAACAUUUUGUCUAUCCUGUUACUUUUAUAUAUUUGUAAUAAAUUUCUCCAGCUGUU